UUCGCCUUGCCAAAUUUCCCUCUCAUCUCUGCAAAACAAGCUUUCCAACGUCACUCUAACCCCAUCUCUCUCCCUCUCUCUCGCUCGUUCGUGUGAGAAGUAGGGCAAAUAUGGGGGUGAAAAACCUGUGGGACAUCCUAGAAUCCUGCAAGAAAACUCUCCCUCUUCAUCAUCUCCAGAAUAAAAGGGUGUGUAUAGAUUUAUCAUGUUGGAUGGUUCAACUUCAUAAUGUCAACAAGUCUCACUGUUCCCUCAAGGACAGGCUUUAUCUCAAGGGUCUCUUUCACCGACUCAGAGCCCUCAUUGCUAUGAAUUGCAGCCUUAUCCUUGUUACCGAUGGAUCAAUUCCUGCCAUCAAAUUAUCUACUUAUAGGCGGCGCUUAAAGUCGGGAUCUGAGGCUACGCAGGAUGAAACAAAUUCACUUAAAGUGACUUCACUUCGAAGAAAUAUGGGAUCUGAGUUUUCUUGUAUGAUAAAAGAGGCCAAACUCCUUGGUGUGGCACUUGGGAUUCCUUGCUUAGAUGGGGUUGAGGAAGCUGAAGCUCAGUGUGCAUUGUUAAAUUCUGAAUCAUUAUGUGAUGGAUGCUUCACUUCAGAUUCUGAUAUUUUCCUGUUUGGUGCAAGGACAGUAUACAGAGAUAUUUGCCUUGGGGAAGGUGGCUAUGUUGUUUGUUAUGAAAUGGCUGACAUUGAGAAAAAGCUCGGGUUCGGAAGGAACUCCUUGAUUACACUGGCCAUUCUUCUUGGCAGUGACUACUCUCCAGGAGUUCGUGGGCUUGGUCCUGAGUCUGCAUGCCGGAUUGUUAAGUCAGUGGGUGAUAGUGCCAUUCUUCAACAAAUUGCAUCAGAAGGAUUGUCAUUUGCAAAGAAGUUAAAGGGUUCAAGGAAACAAGGGCACAUUAUCAGAUGCAGUUACAAAGAAAACGAGUCGGAUCAUGAAAUGAAAAUUAAUGGAAGUGAACCUGAUUUACAAGGGGAAGAUCAAUUCCUGCAAGUGAUUGACGCAUAUUUAAAGCCAAAGUGCCAUUCAGGUGACUCUGAGGCUGUUCAUAGGGUUCUUGCUCUGUAUCCGUUUCAACGCACCAAUAUUCAACAGAUAUGUACUCAGUUUUUUGAUUGGCCUCCUGAGAAAACAGAUGAGUAUAUCCUACCUAAGAUUGCUGAAAGAGACUUACGGCGGUUUGCUAAUUUGCGUUCUACUUCAUCAGAACUAGGACUUGGGCUUCCAUUGGACAAGAUGCCUGUCAAGUGUCCUGUAUCUGGAAUCAUCAAGCAGAGAAAAAUUCAAGGACAAGAUUGCUUGGAGGUUUCCUGGGAAGAAAUGCAUGGGCUUAACACCUCAAUAGUUCCAGCUGAUCUAAUUGAGAGAGCUUGUCCUGAAAAGAUUCUGGAGUUUGAGGAGAGAAGAGCUCAACGAAACAAACCAAAUCAUCGUAAACCAAGAACAAAGAAAUCAGAGAACAGAGCACCGAUGAAAGAAAUUGACCUAAAACUUCAAGAUCUGCUUCUAGACAUUGAACAAGAAAGCAGUGCCAGUCAGAGAGGAAAUGAACCAAAGAGCAGAAAUGCAGCUGUGAUCAAAGGUGAUCUGAUGAACAAAAACCUGCGUAUUUCUACCAAGUCAAAAGGCAACAUUGAAAGCAACAAUGCCGCAGAUUGCUACACAACAGGUUCAAGUGUUGCAACUAUGGAGGUCAUUGAUCUCUUGAGCCCUUCCCCACCCGUGCAUGGCCGUAUUGUUUCGAGAUGUCAACAAGCCAAUGUUGAAUGUAUCGACAUGAUUGACUUGAGUGAAUCAGAAACUGAAGCAUCGCCAGAGCACACCAGGAAGGCUAGAGAGUUGAGAUUGUUCUUAGAUAGCAUCAGAAAAGACAUUUCUUGAAUAUGACCAUUAUGCAUAUGUAUAUUGUAUUUCUACAGAGUGUGUGAAUGUGUGUGCACACUGUACUUUUCGUAUUCAUAUAUGAUACUCUCCUUUUUCAGUGUCGUUAAAAUGAAAUGGUUCUUAGCAUUGUUACAGAUA